AUGGAUUUGGAAUUUCCUUCAACUUGCAAACAGGAGGAUAUCCUAAGGAUGAAGGCAAUGAAUUUGGAUGCUUACCGAUUCUCCAUCUCCUGGACUAGAGUCUUACCACAUGGCAAGAUCCAGGACGGAAUCAAUGAUGCAGGAGUCCAGUUUUACCACAAACUACUCGAUUUGCUCCGCAAACAUGGACUGGAGCCUUAUGUGACCAUAUGGCAUUGGGACACCCCUCAAGCCCUGGAAGCUGAGUAUGGUGGAUUCUUAAGCCGAAACAUUGUGAAGGAUUUCAAGGAUUACUGCAACUUCUUGUUCAGUGAGUAUGGCGACAAAGUAAAGAAGUGGAUCACUUUGAACGAGCCAAUGGUCCAUGUUAUGCGAGGCUAUGAUGAAGGGCUGCACGCACCGGGACGCUGUUCCGGAUGGGUAAACAAUAAGUGUGUAGCCGGAGACUCGGCAACUGAACCUUACAUCGUCACCCACAAUCUCCUUCUUGCUCAUGCCGCUGCUUACCGUUUGUACGAGGAAGAGUACAAGGAUGAUCAAAAAGGCAUGGUCGGGAUCACCAUAGUCACGUUCUGGUUCCUUCCUUAUAACCCUGAUGUUAGAGCAGACCGAUUUGCUGUCGAGAGAUCUCUGGACUUCAACUAUGGCUGGUACUUGGAUCCUAUUCACAAUGGUCGCUACCCGAGAAACAUGGUGGAUCUGGUGGGAUCUCGUCUGCCGACCUUCACAAACCAAGAGUCACUCAUGCUCAAGAAAUCGUACGAUUUUAUAGGCCUCAACUACUACACCACCUAUUAUGCCAAGAACAACACCGACUUCGACCCGGCGCAACUUCGAUACACUCACGACUCCCGCGCCACUACUACCCCUAACAGUAAAGAAGGAGGCCUUAUUGGUGAACCGAUGGGUUCCAACUGGCAGUAUAACUAUCCUCAGGGGCUCCGAAAUCUUUUGAAUUACACCAAGAACAUGUAUGGAGAUCCUGAUAUUUACAUCACUGAGAACGGAAUGGGAACGCAGGAGGACCCUAAACAGACACUUGCAGAGGCCAGAGCCGACACCAUGCGGGUCAACUUCUACAGCGCCCACCUCGCGAGCCUUCACCGGGCCAUUAAUGAGGAGGAGGUGAAGGUGAGAGGGUUCUUCGCCUGGUCGUACGCCGACAACUACGAAUGGAGCGAUGGGUACUCGGUCCGGUUCGGGCUCAACUACGUCAACUACACGGAUCUCUCCAGGCACUCCAAGCACUCUGCUUGCUGGUACUCCCGUUUCUGCUCCCGAGACCAACCCAAGGACGAUAACAAAGCUGAUCACCGCCAGCUCUUCUGCCGCCGCCGGUCGCAAGGCGCUCCCCAGCGCUGCAGCAUACGCUAA